GUCAGACAACCUGUUGACAACGGACUACAAAUAAGGCAUGCAUGGAGCGCAGUGACCGUCGAGCCUCCAGGUGGCGCUAAAUGAAACGCUGCAACUGUAUCGCGGCGGCGGCUUGAGAAGAAGAGCGAGAAACACCCCAGCAGGCGGGCGCAGGAAAAGGGAAGUCCCAGGAAUGCCGAAGAAAUUCCAGGGUGAGAAUUCCAAAUCGGCCACCGCGAGGGCUCGGAAGGCUGAGGCCAAAGCAGUCGCUGAUGCACGCAAACAGAAGGAGCUGGAGGACGCGCUGUGGCAAGAUACCGACAAACAUGUCAUGAAGAAAGAGCAGAGGAAGGAUGAUAAGGAGAGAAAGCGUUUGGAGGCUCUGGAGAGGAAGAGAGAAAACCAAAGGCUCUUUGAGGAAGAAGUUGCCAAGAUAAAGGGGAAACAGACAAAAGAAGCCCCUUUUAAAGUGACUCGAGCCCAGAUUGAGGAGAACCUACAAAGCGAGCAAAAUGUUAAGGAAACCAAGGAAAAAGAAAAAAGCCACUUGGAGAUGCCGCUUGAGGAGAACAUCAAUCAGAUAAUUCCAGAAGAAGGCACGAUGGAGGCCCGAACCAUUGAGGAUGCCAUCGCAGUUCUCAGCACUAAGGAAGACCUGGAUCGACACCCUGAGCGCCGCAUGAAAGCCGCCUACGCUGCGUUUGAAGAAGCAAACAUGGCGCGCCUUAAAAUGGAGAACCCCAAUAUGCGACUUUCCCAGCUAAAACAACAGCUCAAGAAGGAGUGGACAAAGUCUCCAGAAAACCCCCUCAACCAACGAGUGGCUGCCUACAACUCCAAGUAAACCAACCCAAGGGCACUUAAAGUCUGACCCUCUGCGCAGAUCCUAACAAAUACAAAAAGGCACCACAAUUAAUUUUGGACACACAAUUUACAGCUGAUCUAUUCACACCCCUCACCUCAUAUGUGAACUCGCAGACAAACUUGGAUUAUUUAACUAAUUAUUCAAUAAAUGUCUGAUGAUGUAUGAACAGCAUACAACUUAAAUCUCUUAUCUGCUAGACAAUUGCCUAUCAAGAGCUGCUGGGAAGUUUCUAGGUUUGGUUUUUAGUGAACGCAGAGUGGAUUCUCAACUAGCAUACCUUUCCUCCACAUAAUAUGUUUUACUGCUGUGUUGAGUUCAUUUAUUAAUGUCUUCAUCUAAAAUGCAGAACAUGAUCUGAAGUGAGGUUAACCUGAGGCAAGUUUUUAUUUUUUUAUUUAGUGUCCGUGUGAUAAUCAUUAGGGUUCAGCUUCAGGUUUGAUAUUUAUGGAGAAGAGCAAGGUGAUCUGAUAAUUGCUCUAAAUCAAGAUGAUAUGGAUAGAGAUUUGUCUGCUUGAUUGAUCUUACAUGGCUCUUUGUUUUGGAAAUGCACUUUGGACCUGGUAUGGAACAGUGUCUCCACAUCCCAAAGGCGAGUGGACUAUUAGCCGUUGGAUUGCCGUUUACAUAUGUCAAGCAGUGCGAACACACUCUGGUCUGUGCUUCGCAUCUGUGGGAAAUACAAACACUCUCAUUGGCUCUUGGAAAAAACUAAAUCGAAUAAAAAGUAAGGAAGAAACA